AGGGAUGCCCAGGACAACAAGAGGAUUUCCGGAGACGCCCCAUUUUGUUGACUCUCCAGGACAAUAGGAGGAUUUCCAGAGAGAGGCAGGCCCAUGCAAACUAUUUACGGGAAAAAUGCUGGUUCUGUGCAAGAUAGGAGGCCCACUGUAAUGAAUAUUUAUGAUUCUGGUGGAUAAAUACCCUGUGGCAAAUCCCCCCUGCCCUGCAGGACCAGGAGAGCUCCGCUGUGAGUCCCAGCUGAUAAAGAAUUCCGGCUCUGGGCCCCCUCCAGCUCUGUCAGGGAGUUCACUGCGGCUGAUUUCGUGUUCCCCACUGCUCCUGGUGGCCUCUCCCAGCCAUGGCCCCUCUGUCUCUCACCCUGGCCCUGCUGGCAAUGGCCGUGGCCACCGUGGCCAAUGGUGUGGUGCUCCUGGGCAUGGCCCGGGACUCCUUCGAUGACCGCUACGAGGGCUGUGGCCCUGCCAUGACCGCGGGGUUGCAGGACCUCAUCCGCUCUGAAUUCCAGAAGAAUCCUGUCUUGUCCCAGAUCUGGCCUGAGGCUGUGAUUGAGUGGCAGAAGCGGGGCUCCCCUGUGUCCCCUCUGCCUUCCCCAGACCAGGCCAUCGCCCUCAUGGCCUUCACCAUGGGUGCACACCAUGAGUUCAAUACUGCCGUGCUCCAGGCCGGGCGCUCCCGCCAGCAAUACCGGGACAACUUCCAGUACAAAUCGCUGCAUUUCCUGCUGACCCAGGCGCUGGCAACGCUGAGGGAGCCUCUGAAAGGGCAGUGUCUGGACGUGUUCUAUCAGAAGUGUUAUGACAAUGUCGUGGCACAGCGCGGUGCCACCGUCCGGUUCGGUCAGUUCCUGAUAACAUCACUGAAGAAAGAAAAUGGUGGUGGGUGCCCAGAGGGGACGGAGUUCCAGGUGCGCACGUGCCACGGUGCAGGAAUACAAUAUUUCUCCCAACAUCCAGAAUAUGAGUGGGUGCUGAUCCCACCCUACGAGACCUUUGAGGUCACCAAUUUCACCCGGAGAGUGUUCAGGGAACAGAUCCAGCUCCGCUCCACCGGGACCCACAGCAAAUACAACUGCCAGUGGCUGAAAGGUGGGAGCAUCCCCAGCACCCAUUUCCACCUCGGAGGGCUCCUCCUGGCCACCACAGCCCUGGCAGUGGCCACCGGGAUCCUCUGAGCCACAAGGCCACCAAGGUCACCAAGGUCAUUGAGGACACUGUGGCAACCACGACCACCAUGGCCAUCAAGGUCACUGUGGUCACUGUGCCACCAUGACCACCAUGGCCACCAAGGUCACUGUGGUCACUGUGGCCACCAUGACCACCAAGACCACCUGGACCCCCAGAGAAACAAGGCCACCAAGGAUACCAAGGCCACCACUGCCACUAUGGCCACCUUGCCAGCUGUUGCCACCAUGAGGUCAGUGGGGCCACCACUGUCUCUGUGGCCAUUGUGGCCACCACAGCCACUCUGGCCACCAUGGUCACUCCAACCACCAAGGCCACUGUGACCACCAUCAAGACCAAGACUCCCUGAACCAUUACAACAGCCACUGUGGCCACUGUGGCCACCAAGGCCAUUAUGCAAAGCCAUUCUAUUAAAGAUCCUGUCCAGCUCUGCCCUGGGCCGUGUCCAGCU